AUGUCCCAAGACCAGGCGCCGCAGGAUAUUUCUAGCCGUGAGUAUGACUUGGUGAUUGCCAAGAAGCGAAGAUUUCGAGCAGCAAAGGCCUGUUAUCCGUGUCGGCGACGAAAGGUCAAAUGCAACUUCGGUCAGCCUUGUGACAGCUGCACCAUCCGUGGACACCCGGAUCUUUGCAAUUAUACUCUAGCUCCGGAUGUGAUUCACUCGCUUAAAGCUAAUAAUGUCUCUAAUCCGGGCUCAUCUGCUGCGAGUGAAGGCGAACCUGUAGCCACUGGUACUGCAAAUGACAUGUCCCAAGGAUUAUAUGUGAAUCCGAUUGCCCCGUACAAUGCCAAGGUUCAUCUAGGCCCAGAGUCUCUUCCCAGUCUUCUCACGAUGUACCAGAGUCUCAGCUCUCAUCAACAGCUUCAGGGCCGGAGCAGCCCAUCGAUAGCUGCGUUUGGGCCCUCAACAAAUCCGCAAACCAUAUUCGAGCUUCUUUGUCUUCAGGAUUCGGGUGCUCUAAUACCGUUUGCAAACCUGUGGAAACCGGAAGACGGUCCUGAAAUUAUAUACAAAGCUUUACCUGAAGACGAACAUAUAAAGAGUUAUGUUCAGUACUUCCAGACAUCGCUAUUUCGUAUUUUGCCUUUUACUAUCAAUUUCGUUCAAUUUGAAGCUGCACUGUCUCGUUUUCUGAAUGCAAAGAGAAAUAAUCCUAUUACAGCUUUGCAAAACCCACCACCUGACUGCAGGUUAACUUGGUUCGGACUGUUAUUCAGUAUUCUCUCGUGUAGCGCGCAGCUUCGUUCCGACCAAGAAUCUGAGCUGCUCAAAGCUGGCGUUUUUGCAUGCUGCUCAUUCCAGUGCUUGCGACUGAAUAACUUCAUCUCUUUUCCUGAUAUCCAUACUAUCCAGGCCCUCAUACUGCUUGUCAACUUCUUGCAGAAUCAGGCGAAUGCUGGAGCGUCUUGGUCAAUUUUAGGUCUGACGAUACGACUUGCGCAAACACUCGGCCUUCACUGCUCUCCAGACCCCGACAAUGUUGCCAUUGAUCAAAAAGGUGAGGCGACCGUAAAAUACUAUAUCUGGCGAUCAUUAAUAUGGCAAGACACGCUGGUCUCUCUUUGGUACGGGCGGCCGUCCUGUAUUACGGUUCUGGAAGAUAUCUCAAUCGAAUCACCGCCACAAAAAUCAUCUCGGCAGUAUCCUUUCACCCACAGCUGCAAUCACCUAUUCAUAACGGCCAAUAAAAUUAGCCAAGCUACCAGCAAGGCUAGAUUCUCAAAACGACAGCUCUCCCUUCUUGAGAUACGUGAUUUCAAGAAGGUAGUUGACCAAAUUGUCGCGCGAUCAGCCCCUCACCUUCAGCAUGCCGCAGUAUGCAGAACCCGUGACGAUUCUAUCCAACAUCACUUCUUCCGCGAAUUCGUGGACUCGGUAGUGCUCUGUCUCUACCGCCCAGUGAUGCUCUCGUAUGGGAAUGCAUACAGCAAAGAGCUCACAGACACCCAUCUGGAGCGCUGUCGCUCUGUUCUUCGCACGUAUCUGGAACUGCUCAGGCUCGAUUGUCCAAUUCGGAGAUCGUGGGUUUUUGUUCAUAUCACGCUUAGCUGUGCUUUGACGCUCGCGUUGGCCGCAAACACUCGAGAAGAUGUCUCCGAUAAGACCUUUCUACACGAGUUUCUGGUGACUUUUUCUCAAGCAAACAUCUUUGCAAAUGUGCCUUCAUAUCAAAAUGCACUAAGGCUACUUCGACAGUCUUUAAGUGCAAGCGAACUUAUUUAA